AUGUCUUUUGGCGCUGAAGCUGCACUGCCUGAUACCGAAGACAGGGCUGAGGACGAAGGAUGGAAGCUCGUGCGACAUUUUAAGUUUCAUCUCCAUCCUUCUGAAAUAAGGCGACACCAGAACUUAUCUCUCGAGUCAUUACCUAGUGGACUUUCUCUCAUUCAGAUCUAUACAGAUUAUAUGACUUAUCUUCUCAACCACACCAAAAACUUUUUCUGUGACCACAUCCUAAACGGAACUCGUGUAUGGGAAUUAUAUCACCACGAUAUGACCGUUGUGCUGGCCCAUCCUAACGGAUGGGGUAUAAGGGAGCAAGGCUUCUUACGGCGAGCGGCUACCAAUGCCGGGUUCGUGACGCGGGCUAACGCCCACUCCAAUAUACAGUUUGUGAGCGAGGCUGAAGCAUCGGUUCAUUUUUGCAUGUUCCAUUCGGAUUUGCAUGAGCACAUGAAUAUGGGCGUUUAUUUUGUGGUAUGCGAUGCGGGAGGAUCAACCACGGACACCACAGCCUACUACGUGAAGCAAACAUACCCUACUCUAGAGCUCGAUGAAACAAAAGCAUCUGCCUGUGUUCAGGCGGGUGGUGUCUCGGUGGAUGCUGAAUUUCACCAGUAUUUGUGCUCAAUCCUCGACCAAAUCGACUUAUCUGAAGACCAAAGAAAUGAGUUUAUUCGCAGUGGGUCUCGGGAUUUUGAAGAGAAUGUUAAAAAGGCAUUCGUUGGCACAGGGGAGGAAUUUCGAAUCAAUUUGGGUGGAGGCCGUUCCAUGAAUUACCCGAAUCUACAUAUUAGCCGCGGAAAGCUGGCCCUGACCAAUGGUACUAUUUCGUCAUUCUUCAAUGAAUCAGUGGAAAUAGCCAUUGAAUCUAUUCGGCAACAGAUGGACAAAGGAUGCGAACACGUACUACUCGUAGGAGGAUUUGGAGAAAGUCUAUAUUUGCGCAAGAUGGUUAACUCGCACUUCUCUGGUGCUCGAUGCUCAAUCACCGUCACUAGUGAUCCCAAUGCCAAGGCAGUGGCGGACGGCUCGGUACUGUGGUGCGCUAAGCGGACUGUAGUAUCCCGUGCUACUCGGAUGGCUUACGGGAUCGAGAUCCUUACCGCCUACGAUCGCAAUAAUGUUGAUCACUGUGGCCGGAAAACCAGUAUUCAACUUGAUGGAAUCGAAAAAGUCUCUGGGUUCUGGUCACAGAUAGUCAGCAAGGAUACCGUUAUGGAAGCCAACGAAGCUCUCCGUGGUGAAUAUCAUCGUAGCUACGACAACUCCAAUCCUGCGCUGGGUAAUUUCAGCGUUACACUUUAUGGUUAUAAAGGAGCCGGAAGCAAUACCAAUACCUGGUUGAUGAACAAGAAUGAUUGCCUCGAAAAAGGAUUCGAGGAAGUGUGCCAGAUUCAGGCGGAUCUAAGUGGAAUGCGAAAGGGACUCAAAAAACAAAAAGGCACUAAAGGUAAAUAUUAUCGAUUGGAUUUCAAGGUCGCAAUCCAAUUCGGAGACACCGAGAUGAAGGCAUUCUUAGAGUGGGAGCACGGGGGGAAAACAUUCACAGGCCCGGCUGAGAUCUUACCGAAUGAGUUAUCUGUUACGACAGUCUGA